ACCGCAUUUGUUUCUCUCCUUCUUUUCUGUGAUUGGAUAAUUUUAGUGACGUCUUUUCUGUUAUUAUUUGCUGCUGUUUUUUAUUAGGUUUCUUUAUUGGUUCGCCUGACCAUCUGGGAGGAUCUGGAUGUCCAAUCAGGAGCCGCGAUGCAGAAUUUAAAUGGAAUUGGUGUGCAUGUUUCGGAAGGGCGGUGGAGUUGUGGCUAGCUUCACCGUACCUCAUUUGUGCUGUGGUUUUCUUUUGAGUACUGUAAUCGAACAAACUGAGAUGAGUUAAUUUAAUCGAGAGAAGAGGGAGUUAGUGAUGUCACGUGACGUACAUUUCCCCAACACGUAGGUGUACCUAUGUUUAACUCACUAGUUUAGGAGCGGGUGCUGUUUGUGUAUUUAUGUUUCAGCUAGGGUAGUUUAUUAUUUGUUUUCUUUCUUUUCAGUUAGGUUAGAGGAAAAGGGGGAUUUCAGUUAGUAUUGUAUGUUUUGUUAAUUUCUUUUAUUUAGCACCGCUCGUUUCUUUUUCUUCUCUCUGUUUGUUUCCGUUUGUACAACCUGUAUAUAUGUAUAUAUAUAUUGACUCACUCACGAUCAGAUUGCUUUUGGCAAGAGCCAGUUAAUAAAGCGAACCGCGAGGUUUGUAGUAAAAAUCUCGGAUUGUUUUGGUUUCUUUCUUCUUCCCCGUUCUCGGAUGUUAUUCAAAAGGUUUAUUUCUCCCGGUUAUGUGCGUCCUUAUUUUCCCUAGACCAUCACACCAAUAGGGGGCGUAACAUAAAUGGGGGCUCGUCCGGGAUACAUGUCCAUGUCCGGUUGCUUGGGAGGUCCUUCCUGUUUACUCUGAGGACGGUGUUGGAUUGAAUUGAAACGUGGAUCGUGUUUGUUGGGCCUGGUGUUGUGGCUGCAUCUUUGAAUACUGUACCGGCCAAGAUCAAUGGGGAACGGUUUAGAGAAAAACGUGAGUGUUUUUAUUGCCAUAAAGUAGGUCAUGUCAUUGCUGACUGUAUGGUAUUAAAGAGAAAAUCAAAUCCGGUUAAAACGCAGUCAGUAGGUCUUAUCAAAACUUCUUUAGUACAGGCUGAUUCAGGGUAUGAACCAUUUUUGUUAGAUGGUUUUGUGUCUUUCAGUGGUCAACUUGAGGACCGAGUUGCAGUGAGAGUGUUGAGGGACACUGGUGCUGCUCGCUCGUUGAUACGCGGUGAUGUUUUGCCUUUCUCCAAGGAGUCUGGUUUGGAUUCCAGCAUUUUAGUGCAAGCAGAAUUGACUCAGAGAUUUCCAGAAGUUUUCCCAGCGUGUGUCCUGACUCGGUCUCAGACGAAGAGGAUGGGAACGGAGUUUACACUAGAUGACACCUUCAUGUGCACUGAUCAUCCAGUUCAAGUUGAUGUGGAGUCUGUCAGUGUCAAAGAGCAUCCAUGCCAGGAGUCAGAAUCAGAACAGAGGUGGAUGCUAGUGCCGUUGGAGCUGGUGCUGUGCUCUUACAGGAAGAUAAAGAAGCAUUUCGAAGUUUAUGUGGGGUCUACCCCAUAUCAAGUGAUAGUGUAUACAGAUCACAAUCCCCUUACCUUCUUGUGUCGAAUGUACAACCACAAUCAGCGGCUUAUGCGUUGGGCUUUAAUUGUCCAAGAUUACAACCUGGAAAUUCGGCACAAGAGAGGCACAGAUAACGUGGUAGCUGAUGCUCUUUCUAGAGUUUAACAAGUUUCUUUAUUGGUUCGCCUGACCAUCUGGGAGGAUCUGGAUGUCCAAUCAGGAGCCGCGAUGCAGAAUUUAAAUGGAAUUGGUGUGCAUGUUUCGGAAGGGCGGUGGAGUUGUGGCUAGCUUCACCGUACCUCAUUUGUGCUGUGGUUUUCUUUUGAGUACUGUAAUCGAACAAACUGAGAUGAGUUAAUUUAAUCGAGAGAAGAGGGAGUUAGUGAUGUCACGUGACGUACAUUUCCCCAACACGUAGGUGUACCUAUGUUUAACUCACUAGUUUAGGAGCGGGUGCUGUUUGUGUAUUUAUGUUUCAGCUAGGGUAGUUUAUUAUUUGUUUUCUUUCUUUUCAGUUAGGUUAGAGGAAAAGGGGGAUUUCAGUUAGUAUUGUAUGUUUUGUUAAUUUCUUUUAUUUAGCACCGCUCGUUUCUUUUUCUUCUCUCUGUUUGUUUCCGUUUGUACAACCUGUAUAUAUGUAUAUAUAUAUUGACUCACUCACGAUCAGAUUGCUUUUGGCAAGAGCCAGUUAAUAAAGCGAACCGCGAGGUUUGUAGUAAAAAUC